AUGUCUCGGAUCAAGACGGAGCUAUGGCUUCCGCAAAGGAAGAGCAAUCCGAAUGACCCCUUAGUUCAGGCCGGUGGAUGUGUGGUCGUGACGUUCCCAGACCCUGACAAUCCUAGCUGGGUCAAUCGGGUGUUUCUUUACGACGCCGCAGAUCUCCUCAUCGCCCCCCUCCAGCCCACGCCCGCGCAGAUAGGCCACUCUGACUUAAGCCUAAAAGUGUUCCGAAUCCACUACCGUGAUACAAAAGGCCUCGACAUGGGGACUAUACCUUCUGUUUCUGCAGCUUUGCCCAAGCUGAAGAGAUUUCUGGGCAUACCAGAGGGCCAAUGCCUCACGCUCUUGAAGUGUACGCCAGAGAGUCUUACGCGAACGGACAAGAAUCUCGCGCCACUUGAACACAUCGGUUCCCCAGCUAUGCACGGCUACACAGAUCAGCAGCCAAUCAAUAUAAAUAGCUUGUCUUCAGUACACGCGGCAUCAGCGCUUCUCCCAUUUGAGAAUCAGCCCCUUAACGCUCUUCGAUUCUGUACAAACAUGUGGAUUGCAGGCCUUCCUGCAUAUGCCGAAGAGACUUGGAAGCGUUAA